AUGCCAGUGAACUACCUCCGGUCACGAUACCUACAGCAUCCGCAUCAAUUGAAUAUUGGUAGACAAUGUAAAGCCGGUCGUGAUCGGUCCGCCUGCCCGACACCCGCUGUUGUGGAAAGAUACCGCCGCGGGCUGAUCGUCGGUAUAUUUUCAUUUGUUGCUCUUAUCGUUGGGCUUGCCGCUGCUAUCAAGUUAUCAGUAGUUGUUGCUGACUACCUGGGCAAAUCCGUCAACAUCUCAGGCGCAUGGCUUCCUGUCAUCUCGUUUCUUAUCGUUUUUAUCAUUGUGGUAAUACUGGUGCGACUCGGCGCCAACGCCAUUGAGAAGACCGUUGAAUUUGCCAUGCUGGGUUGGGUAAACAAACUCGGA